AUGGCGCGGGAAAGGGCCGUUCCCGUGUCUGGUGGAGCUGUAGGUGCUGUGGCGGUACACAUGAACCACGAGGAACUCGGACUCGGGAAGAGGUGUUUCCGGCCCCUUGGAUUACUCCCAUCUCCCGACAAAGAGCCGCGCAACACAGCCCGCCCGCCUCCCUUGCCGCGGCCCUCCCGCCCGCUCGCUCGAAACGCCAUGGGCGGCUUCGACUCGGUGGGCUCGCUGCUGGCCGACAUUGCCAACCUGCUCGUCGACGGCCUGCGCAUCCUGGGCCUCGCCGACAAGCGGCACUGGGGCCCCGACGAGUAUGAGCUGCAGCGGGCCAUGGAGCGCGCCCUCAACGACGCCAAGGCCGAUUUCCAGGAGCUCUCUCCGCUGCUCAAGAGCCAAUCCCACUACGAGCACGACCGAACCUUCACAUCCCUCGAAGAGCUCCGCACGCUCCGCGGCCAGUUUUACAUGCACAUACAAAACAUGCGCGCAUGGAGCCGCUCCGGCGGUCCCGUCAACGCCGUCUGGGUGCGUGACACAAAGGCCCUCCAGCGGCAGCUGCACCGCGCCCAGCGCCGCGCGGCCCAGCGCGUCUUCCACUCGGCCAAGGAGACCACCCAGCGGUGCCUGGGCGCGUUCCUGCUGCACCGGAAGCAGCGCGCCUGGGUCGCGGCGCGGCGCGCCGGUGCCGGCGCCAGCGACCACGACUGCCAGCGGCGCCAGCUCGACGAGGUGCGCGAGUGCUACGCCGUCGGCGGCUUCGAGCGCCUCGGCGACGUCGACGUCGCGUUUGUGUGCGACUUUUGCGACGGCCACGUGGUGUGGGAGGACGUGGAGCGCGUGCCGACGGCGAGGACAGGCGUCGAGGCGGGUGCGGGUGCGGAUGCGGGCGGCUCGCUGCUGCCCACGGCGACGAUGCCCCUGCAUGACGCGUACGGCGCGGCGCUGCUCGGCGAGUGGCAGGCCACGGGCGUCUCGCGCUCCGCCGGCGAGCCCAAGCAGGUCGUGUACCCCCCGCUCGCGGUGGCCAGCCACAUGGCGCCGGUCCGCGGCGACUGGAUGGCGCGUCUGCUGUGUCCGCUGUGCGAGGACGCCGCGGUCGAGCCGCAGGAUAUCGAGGACGAGGACGAGGUGUGGCGGCCGGAGAACCGCUUCGACGACCUGGCUGCGCUGCAGGAGCAUCUCGAAUGGCAGCAUGCGCCGGCGGCCGCACUCCCUACCAAACUGCCCGUAUCGCUGCCGUCGACGGACAAAUGCGUCGUCAUGUAA